CGCCUGCGCUCUGCACCAUGCCGCUGCUCCGGCGCCGCAUCCGCUGCCACUCGUGCAACCAGCCGUCGCGCGACGCCGUGGCCCAGACGCCGCGCUCGUACCGCUGCCCGCAAUGCGACGCCGUCAGCUACUUCGACGAGCGCGGACUCAUUGCCGACCCGCCGGCUGAAGACACGGCCACGCCCGCCCUCCACUACGCAACCGCCAUGCCGCGCUCGUCGUCGCCCGUGCAGCCGCCCGAGCCCGACGCGCUCUUCUGCCGCGCGUGCCAGCGCAACCAGCUGCUGCUGACCAAGACGCUGGCCGAGUACCUGCCCGACGAGGACGACCCCGAGUACGCCGCCUUUGCCCAGUCGCUGGACGCCUACCGCUCCGAGCUGGAGGACCGCUACCCGCAGGUCUGCGCCGACUGUCUGCCGCGCGUGCAGGACCAGAUCCGCGCCGCCGGCUAUGCCGCCAAGGCAGACAACCUGCGCCGCAUCAUCGACCGCAGCCGCGAGCACAGCCGGACGGUGCACACGACUCGCCAGGCAUGGACCCUGCGCCUGAUUGCCCUGGCCCGCUGCCUCUACCUCGCGAGCGCUGGCGUGGGCCUGCUGUGGCACCUGCGUGCCCUGGCCGUAGACGGGCAUGUCGCGGACGCUCUCGUGGAUAGCAGCUGGCGGCCGUGUCUGGUCGACGCCGUCUCUGCGCGCGUCCACCCCUCCUGCGUCACGUCGCCCGCCGCCUGGCAGCUGCUGCAGGCCUCGCUGCUCGCCGACGCCGCCACCGUCUGGUGGAACCCGCGCCUGGCGAGCAAGACGAACAGCAUCACCGGCCGCAUGCGGGGCCUGAAGUCGCUGUGGGCCAUCCGCCUGCUCGUCCUCACCCUGCGCACCGCCUGCUUCGUCUACUGGACCCUCACACCUCUGCGCCCCGCGAACCUGGCCGUCUUCUACUACACCAAUCUCGCCCUCCUCGCUGCCAUCGUCCUCUCCCUCACCCUAACCUGGAAGACGGUCCGCAUCGUCUACACCCCCGUCGCCCUUCCCGAGGACACAUACAUCCCCAGCGCCCCCAACACCCCCCAGCGCCCCCGGUCCAGCUACAAGCCCGCCCACCCGCACAUCUCCACCUUCGACACCAUGGCCCAGGGCUUCACCUCCAGCUUCCAGGCCGACGCCGCCUCCGCCCUCCCACCCUCGCCCACCCUCACCGAAUCUUCCACUACUAGCCACUACACCGAAUUCACCACCCCCGCCCGCGCCUCCGUCCACCAAGACGACUCCAUGGACUGGACCCCCACCACGCGCCGCUUCGCCGCCGCCGCGCCCGCCAUCCUGCCCCCGCAGUUCUCCCGCAGCCCCGCGCCCGCCUCCCCCGCCCUCGCCCGCCGCGACCCGGUCUCGCUCUUCGCCAAAAAAGACCCCAACCCCUUCCGCCACAAGAUCCCGCCCGCCCCCAAGCCGCCCGCCCACGCUCGCGCCGACCCCUGGAAGCGCGCGCCCUGGCAGCCCACCCCGCGCCACGCCGUCACGCCCUUCUUCCGCUCCGAGCGCACCACGCGGAACGGCUACGUGUACGCCGACGCCGACGGCGGGCUGGAAGCCGACGGCAAAGGGCUCCAGGGCCUGGGCGUCCCGCGCACCGUCCGCCGCGACGCUGAGUUGUUCGCGAGUCCGAAGCUGAAAUACGACUACUACGGGACUAUGCGCGAUACGGGGCUCGAGGAUACGUUUAAUGGGCUGUUUUCGGGGUGAUGUCGUGGAUGUCGUGAUUAUCAUGAGGGGAGGGAGGGUUAGAUUGGCUUUGGCUUUGAGAUUACGGUUGGCGUUGAACAUUGAGCAUUGGCAUGGUGCUGCAGAGUAGAGCAGAGCAGAGCAGACCACAGCAUGAAGGGAAAAACGGCGAAAGGCGAAAGGCGUCACGGGAAACAGGACACGGUGCAUCACUUGAACACCAGCAUUGCGAGCGCUUGCUUCUUAAACUCGACACUAAACUUGAUAUUAAACUUGACCUUGACCUUGACAUUGACAUUGACCUUGACCUUGACAUUGACAUUGACCUUGACCUUGACCUUGA